AUGAGCGGAGGAGGUAACAAAUUGUUUAAAGAAGCCAUGAGUUCAACAUUUUCUUCUGACACAACAUCGGAGACAAUAUCGAAAUUGGAAAAAGACCGUAGCCACUUUGAAAUGCAGUGGAAAGAAAUAAAUGAAAAAAUUAGGUCUUUAGAACCUCAAUUUCAAGAGAAAAAAGAUGAACUUUCUAAAUUAGAAUUUGAGCUAUCGAAGUUAGAAUGGAUGCGAAUGCUUGCGCAAAACGAAAAAAAUAAUCCAAGUAUAGAUGAUACCAGGCGUAUGGGACAACUUCGAAUACAAAUUGAUCAUCCAUCUCAAGAGUUAAAUAGAUUGAAAAGACAACCUUCUAAAAUUGAAGAGGAGAUUAAGAUUUUACAAGAUAAGAUUUUGGAAAUUGGGGGUGAUAAACUUAGAGCUCAAAAGUCGAAUUAG